GUUCCAGCACAAACAAACCAUCGAUGGUGAGGAGCAACUUACAACAGAGGUUGACAUUGUGGCUUCUUCGUGGAUCCAUGGCAAACCUCUCAUGUCUGUAAAUAAGUUGUAGUAAUUUCUUAUGGAAUGUCUCUUUCUUACAGGCGAAUUAACAUUGAUUUUGAGAGUGAGGACGAGGAAAGACAGUCGAGGAAAAACCUUCCUAAACCACCAGCUCCCCCUAAACCACCUGCGGUGCCCAUCAUCAGAAGUCACCAAGCGACAUCAUCUACCACCAGCAGCCACUUUCAUAACACAUCAAACACAGUUACCAUCGCCACCCGCCACCCAUCUGCACCUACUGGGCAUAUCAUUCAUCCAUUCGCUACGCCCACCAACUCCAUCCAAAGUGAAACGGGAUCUGGAACGAGAACUCCUCUAUCAGAAUACAACUUUCAGCUUAAAGUUUUUAGGGCCAUAGAGGAGGUCAAGGUUAUAGCCCUGAACAAUGCCAAGAUGCUGCAAGCACAUCUGACCCAACAGGCUGCUAAUAAUUCUGUGGAAGAGCUGGACCCAUUGGAUGAGCUCGCGAUUCCAGCCUCCAGCUCAGAAGACUUAGAAGCUCUGAACCGGGCACUUGAGUCCGGAGCAGUCAGGAAAAAAGUGGUGCACCAUCUGGCAGUCAUUGGAGGAAGGGAUCUGAGAGCUGCUGUGUAUAUUUUACCAAAAAUCGUCACAAACCACCUUGCAGAACAAUACAGCCUCUAUGGACGGAAAGGCAAAAAGAAUUUCUCUGCUCACAAGCACUUGGUGGCCGUGAUAUUUAGGGCUGUACGAAAGAACCAAGGGUCAGAUACUCUGAGUGAUACUGAGAUCCAGGCUGUGUUGGGAGAUUGGCUGAAACAUGCGAAGUGUCGUAAAGACAAGUCAGCCAAUCGAGGACAGGACUGAUGAGGAGGACGAACCCUAAAUCGGGACUAUGCAGCUGCAACAUUGCUAGUUUGACCUGUUUCUCUGUACUAACAAGUGUUCUACUGUGGAGUACAAGACGUGUUUUUGUUUAGUAGUGUUUAGUGGUGAUCCAAAAGCAUUGUUUAUCAUACUAGAAAAUGUACAUGUAUAUAGUAACAACAAAAUUA